AUCUACAUACUAACAUACCGGCACUCAGUACCUCCUAACCAUCCUGACCCCUGGACCUUAAAGUUUUAAAACCAACAACCCCGAGCCCAUAUGAUAUCUACAGAUGUGUGACACCGGCAAUGUACAAUAAUUUACACUAACUAGGCCGAUAUGAUAUACGAGAGUUCUAUUGAUCGAUACCGCGUUUGCUUCGACCUCGAAUCGUCAGGAUGAGUAAAUUGGUCAAGGUAGCGCAAUACGUAGCACGGCUGGAGGAGGCGAGGUGCGAAGGGAAAUGGGACGAUGUGCCAGAACUCGUGCGUAAGGUCCGCAAACAUGCCACCGAUAGAUUAUGCCUCACAACGACUGCCGAGACAGAGCAUGCUAUCAUUAAAGCUUCCCAGAAGCAAAAAUCCGAGUCGAGACCUACCACCGCCGUCUCUGCCGCCGAUCUCGAUGUUUCUCAGCUGGUACCUAGAUUACUAGGUGCGAUCGACGUCGAGGCAACUUACCUCGAAGACAAAUACCAAGCCCAAGUAUGCAUUGGCUGGCUUUAUUGGACCGUUGGGGAAUAUGACACCGCUUCCUUGAAGUUGCCAGAUGAUCCAGAAAGCGAGUUAGCCCAGCUUGGUCAACCCGGUAACAUUUCCGAGUGGUCAUGGGUGUGCGCCCUUAAAGCUGCAUAUCUGAAGGCCAAUUGCCUCGCACGAAAUGACCAGAGAAUUGAGGCACUAGCUGUUUUCGAAUCAGCAUUGACUUCCUUAUCACAUGUGUGGCUGGAACAGAAAGGACGGAAACAGCUGCGAUUCUGGUCCGAACUUUUCUUAACGGAAUUUUGUAUGCUACAAGCUCAGGCUCUGGAAAAAGGCGAGAAGACCCUCGAAGAUCCCAAUUCAUUAGCCCCGUUCCGCUCCUGGGCGAAAUACUGGGAGGUGGUCAAAGCCCAAGGCGCUUCUCUCGCCGGUGGCUAUGGCUUUCGUGGUGCCGUACCUAGAAGGAGAGUAUGGAACGAAUAUUAUGCUGCUAUUUCAGGUAUCUUGCAGCAAGAUUUGCCGUUCCCGACGGGUUCCGUAGACGUCACCAACGAGGCAUCAGCUAGAAACCAGCUUCGAACCGAGUUAAAGAAAGUCGAAGUAGCCUACGAAGGUUUUCUUCUUAGCGAAACCUCCUUCCCACGAGCCGAAGAACAAAGAGAAGAAGUAGAAGACUUCGUCGCGACUGUGAUGAAAAACUGGAGUGUACUUAGUGGGCGUGAUUGGAACGAACAAGACCUCGGACCUGGCGGUAAGGAAGCUCUUAGUCGGGGGGUUUUGGAUAUCCUCUAUCGAGCCGCCACAAAAACGUUCCACUCUACAGCUAUACUACGGUAUCUAUUCACCGUUCACCUUUCAGUCGCGGAAUUUGAUCUGGCCUUCCACGCUUUCGAUUCCUACCUAGAAAUUGUUAAAAAGGGGAAAGCUCGCGUUGACAAAACGGGCCAUCCGGAGCCGAGUCUUGAUGACGACGCCACGGUCCUCGAGACCGUUUCCCAGGCAAUAACAGCUCUCUGCAAGUAUGGUUUCAAAGAUGCUGCGGAGAAAGCACAUGGGUUAGGAGCUGAACUAGAAGGAAUGCUGCAGAAGCUGCCAACGCCGCUUCCUAGGACACAAGAUAAUAUCACAACGCUACAUGAGGAGGAUGGAGAUGGUGUCAUAUUACAUCCAAGAAUAUCGUCUCAAGUGUAUGCCUUAGCGUGGCAGGCUAUCGGUAUUUCACAAGCACAGUGGGCUAGAGCAACAUUUGACGCUCCUAUUCGUACGGAAACUCAAACCAAAGCCAUACGAAGCUUCCAGAAAUCCCUAUCGCCCGAGAAUGGAAACCCGACAGAUAUCAGAACCCUAUUUACCCUCGGUCUAUUACUGGCCGAGCAGCGAGAGUUGACGGCAGCUAUUGAUAUCGUUAGAGCCGCACUCAUGUCUAGUGGGAAGACAGCAGGUCAGUCCGUUGGGUUUGGAUCAUAUUGGCGGGAACGCUCAUUGAUACCCCUAUGGCACCUCCUCGCGCUUCUUCUAAGUGCUAGACAGGACUUCAUAAUGGCUGCCAGGGCUUGCGAGGGUGCCUUUGAGCAAUUUGACGACCCGGCGGUCCUAUUUGGCUCGCAGAAUCUUCAAGGUGCGUUCCGAAGCGAACAUCUUAACGAGGUGGAAGCUCGCAACGAGAAGAAUCAAUCAAGAGGGCUCGUCGACGAAAUGGAUGAUCUCGAGAAAGAGGGCAUGAUUGAAGUAAAGAUGACACAACUUGCUAUUCUAGAACUAUUGGAAGGACCAGAGGUCGCAGUAAAUGCAAGCCAUGAAUUAUUGGUCCUGUACACGAGAUUAUUUGGAGACUCUCAACCAAAGGCGCCGGCUACAACUCAUAAGGCGACAAUGGAAGUCCCGAAAAGUUCGGCCGGUACAAUCAAGAGCAUACGUGGUAGCAUCUUUGGUAACAGGCCUGAGAGAGCAUCCCGCAAUCUCAAAACCACCACUGCUGCCGAAAGCGACGCGCCCACCACCCUACCGGAGAGGCCUCAAACUACGCAGGCGCCCAUUGACGCCACUGCCGCCGCAACUCCCUCCAUACAUGUCACCAAAGAGAAUGGCGAGACUACCGAGGGCCGGCGGUCUAGAAGAUCGUCAAGCGUUCGUGGACGUAGCGAUUCAACAAGGAGGAACAGCUUGAAAAAACGAGAACCGAGUGCCCGACCGCGGCGAGCCUCUAGUAGCUCAGCUCCACCUCGUCCUCCAACUAUUGUAGAUGGUGAGGACUUCUACGCACAGAUGCCGGAAGGGACGACACAAGAACCAGUGGAUUUCUUCGCGUCGGAUAGCACAAAUGACAUAUCCAGGCAGCAGUCAUUUUCUAAAGGUCGAGGUCUAUCUCGAUUCAAUUCUACCGCCUCGUCAACCCGCGGCUCUGUAAAUGGAUCUGAUAGUUUAGUUCUCGAUUCGCUUUCGCCGCCCAACCCGCUACCCAUUGUACAGUUUUCGAAAGAGCAAGUCAAACGACAAAGGCAGACCAUACUUGUCAAAGUAUGGUUAAUGAUUGGUGCGUUUUACCGUCGUGCUAAAAUGUACGGUGAUGCCAAAGGUGCUAUUGGUGAGGCGAGGAAACUAGUAGACGGCUUAGAAGCUGAUGUCGCCAAGGAUGCUAGUGGCGCUACGGCGCUACGAGAUCCUGGCUGGGGUAGGAAGAGAUCCGUCGAAGAGCUUUGGGGUGAUGUUCUGAGCGAGUCGGGCUAUCUCGCACUCUCCGAGGGCGCCCCUUACGUAGCGAGGGACUACUUUGAAGAAGCUCUUAUGCACUACCCAGACCACCCUUCAGCGAUUGUUGGAUUGUCCAAUAUCCUCCUGGACAUAUACAGCGAAGCACUUUUGCCACCGCCUGCAGUCCCCAGCAUCGUCCUGCCAGACGGCCAGGAAACAAAUCUCAUAUCAACCGACCAUCCUCCUCCGAAACCUCAUACAGUAGUGGACGUUCCAACACUGCCAUCAACGCCACUAGGGCUUGGAGGUAGCGUAAUUGAUACCCUAGGUCCACUGUCUGAUAAAUCAGCUGCUGUUGAAUCAGACGGUCCUUCAAUAGAGGAGCUCCCAGCCCCUUAUAAAGCCGUUUCCUUACCUCUUGUCGAUCGACUUGCUGCCCGAGACAGAGCCUACGGGCUAUUGUCAGGACUCACUAAAUUGGGCACAGGAUGGAAUUACUCCGAUGCCUGGUUUGCCUUGGCCAGAGCACACGAAGACAGCGGGCAGCUAGAUAAGGCCAAAGAGGUACUUUGGUGGUGUAUUGAACUCGAAGAGGGAAUGGGUGUACGUGAGUGGAAUUGUGUUAGUGCCAAUGGCUACGUGCUAUAGGCAAUCGGAACAGCAAGACCAACACGUCACCAAAACGACGAUUAUUUAUUCGAUAGACGGACGGCGCAUAGACAUGUAAACAAAAUUGGCGACCAAAUGGAAUUCGACGGAGAUAGUGGUGUGCACCAGCGUUACUUACUUUUACCUACCUACGUUGUUGAUGUCAUUUCAGUUCGCGUGAUCUUUUUUGGCUGCUUUAACACAACAUAUUCAUUCAUACGGCUCUUCGCCUCCAGACCAGGAUUGAUACCCUUUCGUGGCGUAUUUUGCGUGCUUACCUAGAAAUACUAAUGAUAUAUAGACUCAAUUCAAAAGUUGUUCCCUGGUCAAAGAUGGAAUCCUUGUGAAUCAAGAGUAUUACGCUCGAAGUUUUGUUCUUACUCGAUAAUUACGAGCUAAUAAAUACGAUGGUAUAAUGAUAGGGUUCAUGUCGACAUGCCAAGGCUCAAAAGAAGCAAUACAGAGCUUGGAAUCAAUGA